CCCCACACGAUGUGCACCACAGAACAGAGAGUAUGGCAUUCUGUGACACUGAGAGUUUUGUGGUGGCAGCAGCUAUGUUGCCAUAGCACAGAGUGCCAUAGUUACAAGGAGUAUAGCUUUUGGUCUAUAUCUGUCUCACUUUAACAAAUGAUAAAAGAGAGAGUACGCAAUAGUGCAUUUGUUACUUGGAACAAUUAAUUCAUACAAAUAAAAAUUUUAGGAGUAGGGUUUCAAAUCUGAUUGGUUGGUCUUUGCUGCAUUGCCAAAUCUUACUGCGUCAGAAUUGCAAGUUUCAUGGCUAUUUCAAUUUAUUUUAUAUCGCCAUUAGGUAGUAUAAUUUACUUAAAAUUUCGAGUUUUAAACUAGUUCAUUAUGUGCAAAAGUGUUGCUUUUGAAAAGCUGAAUGGUUCUUUUCAUCAACUUAUAACUUUUGCUCAGUAUGUUGAUCUUGGACAGUAGUUUUGCCUAGCGUCAUCAUUUUUCUUCUGAAUACCCAGAUGCUUUUUUGAAUUAUAAGCAAAAACUCCGGUGCAAAGAUGAAUAAUAGUGAGGACGAGAAAGAGGCAUCUAAGGCAGUCCCCUUGGACCUCGCGAAAAGCCAAAUAACCACUGUGAAAACAGUAGAAAGCAAACCUCCAUUGGUCAUGAGUAGCCAGUCCCUGAGAGGCGUUAGAGUGUUGUCCCAAAGUGUCUCAAAUCCUAAUACCGUUGCCCUUGGGAAUGCUAUUAUCACCACCAAUCUCAUUUCACAAGCAGUGCUCAAACCUGUUGAUUCAAGAACCCCAACAACCACUUCUCAAUCUCUGACAUCUGGUAAUCUAAGCAGACCUACACAGAUUACUUUCUCUCCAACAACUCCUCUGAUAGCACAGAGUACAACAGGUACCUCAUACCAUGUUCCAAGGGGGCCUGCAGUGGUAGCGAACUUGGCUGCUCCAAGAAGCAAUGUGACUACAGUAAGAGCUCCGAUGGUUGUCACUGCACAGGGUAGUCAACCACAUGCUUUUGUCAGGCCACAAAGGCCCCCUACUGCUGGACAAGGGACCACAUGGCUUACUAACACACAGAAUGGAUCUCAAAUUAAAGGCACACCAACAGUUUUAAGCGCUCCUGUAAAAGGUACUGUAGUCACAGGAAAGCCUCAGAUUAUAGCCAGGACACAAGGACCCCAAAUAUCUUCAGGGAUAUCUUCCAUAAGGCCAAAUACAAUUUUGCAAAGUACAAUCACUAUCGGACCGUCAGGAGUGACAGGACAGAUGCAGCCUUUCAAACCUGCUGCUGCUACAAUCCAAGCUUUGGGCACCACUGUGGCUCAAGUAUUGCCAAACCGCACUCAAGCUGUUGUCUACACUGCAAAUACUUCACAGUUCACACCCACCACAAGGAUCACAGUGUCCAAUACUACUCUGGCAGCUCAAAGGCUGCCACAGACCAGAAUAACAAGUCAAGCAUCAGGUGCUCGGUUGACAAUGCCAGUGAAUGUGACUCAAUCUUGUACUCGACUUGUCGCUCCUCAAACUACUGUGCUUACUUCUGGUAUGAGAUUGUCUACUGUCUCUACUUCUCAACCAUCUACAGUUUUGGGUUCGAUCCCAGCAACAAGAAUAACCACAACUCAACCAACUGGUACCAUAAGUAGGCUUUCAGUUGCCACCGCACCUGCCGUUUCUACCGCGAACAUUCUAGGUUCUACCAGGAUUUCGACCUUGAACUUGCAGAAUCUGCAUUCCUUGGUGGCCGUUGCUAACAACGCUCAGCCGAGAAAUGUGCAGUCGCCUAAAGUUAUCACACAACCUGCGCAAGGAACAAUUCACUUGACACCUCUCUCUACAACCGUCAAGACUACAUCGAAUGUUGUUUCUACCAUUGCCAGAACAAUAAACGUACCAAGUGUGGCUGUUAACCAGCGGCAGACAACAGUGGUGCCAUCUCAAGCCAUAUCAAUAGCCAAAGUGUUCAAUCAAGCCGUCGACGUUACACACGGGACUUCCCCGGCCACCACUACAGCGAGUGUCUUCAUACACGCGCCCUCGUCUCAGCAACAGCCUACAAGGAGGACUUCACAAAGUCCAACCCCAGUGUCAGGUACCUGUUUCGCGCCAUGUAGUAGUGCUUCUCCGGCCACAACUGUAGCCACGUAUACGCUGGCUAGCGGCACUUAUUUUUACGAUAAUUCUGCAAGUACGUACUCGGUAAACAGGACUUUUGCGAAUCAACAGCCUUUUACGACGCUCGCCACGCAGAGUUCGCAGCCACAAGCUGUCAGGCAGACGCCUGUAUUGAGUACUCAGCAAGUACAUGGCGUCGUAUCCAGUCAACCCCAACAGCAGCAGAUCCGUUUCAACCCGAUGAUGGUCGUGGAACAGACCCAACAGCCUCAACGACCAUCAUCUCAACCACCUCCCCAAUCUCAAACCACCUUCCAACAAUCCUUCCAAGCCUCAACCGUCGAUCAACAAUCAAUGUCAAACGCUGCAGCCGAAGCCAUGUUGCAGCAACAGGCCGCACUUACUAAAGUGACGUCAUCUCCUCGUCCGAGCAUACUGCGCAAGCGCGAUCACGAGGGGACGCCGCUGAAAGCAGCGAAGAAUUUGCAACCAAUGUUGGCGACGUUGCCGUCUGCUCAGCAGCAGGUGGCGCCGCCUUUGUCACCGCCUUCUAGACCGGAUUCCAGGGGCAAUGGACACAGUUCGGGUGGCAGUACUACUAUUUCUGCGACAUCUAGUCCCGGACUUGCGGAGAUCAAUGACGACAGCAACCACGCUACUGUUGUGAAUAAUAUCAAAGAAGAAGAGGAGAGUAAACCUCCAGUAGAAAUGAGUCCCAGAAAGAAGCCCAGGAAACAGCAGUUGACUGGCAAUGAUUUGGAUGAACACAAUGAUGAUAUGCAGUUUAUUUCUGAGAAUACAGUGAAGAAGGAACAUGAGGAUUCAGAUGGCAACCAUUCUGAUGAGAUAAAAGAUAGAAAUUCAGAAACAUGUGUGACAGUACGCAAGCCAGCUCCUGUCAGCCUCCUGAACAGCUACAGGCAAAACUGGAAAGCGACCCACAAUCACUAUUUGCGUCACUCUGACGUGAAGCCCAAGGACGAGCGACGACCCACCAUCAUGGAUUUGGCCAAUCAGUGCAGGGUUCAAGAAAAGAUCAACGGCUGGAAGAUACACCAUUUGACCACACAAAUGGAGGAUUUGGCUGAUCAAGAGGAGGGUGUCUACAAUCAACUGACAGAACUUUUGAAGUGUACAGAAUCAGAAGAAAAUUGUAGGCAAUAUGAUAAGGAAAUCAAUAGAGUGAACGAGCUAAUAAAGGGAAACCUCCAAAGGGUCAAAAUUAUCAACGAUGGAAUGAAGGAGGCCAAAUCUCAGAUAAUGAAAAUAUUCGACCAUAAAGUUCAUGUGAUGGAUAUCAUCAACCGAUGUGCCAGUAAAAGGAAUUUCAAAAAACGCGAAAAGUCAUAAUUAUUCAUAAGUCAUUACAAUGUACAUUUGCAAUUUAAAUAGGUUGUAUAUCUUAUAUGUAAUUUUUGUAUGAAAAGAUUUACGUUUUACAUAGUUUUAUAAAAAAUAAAUGUAUUGUAAAUGUGAAUAAGCCAUAACUUGUUGUUUAUAUAAUAAAUUUAUGAAGAAAUAAAGUAUUCUUAUAUGCA